AUGGGCCCCUUUGACGGCAUCGGCUGUGCCUUCGCCUUCCACCUCUUUCUCGUCCUCGUUGGCCGCAACCCCGACAAGCUCCGCAAGGUCGCUGCCGCUGCCGCCGCCGCCGUCCGCUCCCACAACUUGAAGAGAAAGAGAAAGAUGAAGAGGGCAAGGCCUCAAACCUUGUCAUAUAACAAUAAUAACUUAGUAUUCUAUCUCACUAUGUCCCCAUUGAACCUACUCAUCUACUUCUCUCUUCUUCUCCACUCUUCAUAUGCACAACUGAUCACUGGAGAGAAAGGUUUUAGCCUUGAGCUUAUCCACAUCGACUCCAAGCGCUCGCCGCUCUACGAUGCGAACCUCACCGAUUUCCAACGUAUCGUUCGCUCGAUCGACUAUUCUAAGUCUCGUGUUCUCUGGCUGGAGUCGAUGAUGAUCGCCAGAGCCAAUCCUACCGUCAUACGCCCCCCUCUUCGUGCAAUGCCACCUGCGAUAUUUAUGGUCGCGGUCAGUAUUGGUUCUGGUAAUGGCUUGCGCAACUACUACCUCCAUAUGGACACCGGCUCGAGCCUCACGUGGACGCAAUGCCUUCCGUGCCGCACAGGUUUCCCUCAAUCUGCACCCAAGUUCGAUCCCCGAUUAUCUGACACAUACCAUGUCGUCGGCUGCGAUGACCCUGUAUGCAAGCCCCCACGAUAUAAAUGUGUCAACAAUCGUUGUGAAUACAACAUCCGAUACUUCGACAAUACCUUCAUCGACGGCGUCCUCUCGAAAGAGACCUUUAGCUUCCAAGAUGCACAUGCCAGCCAUCGUGUAGCCAUUCGAAAUCUAUUCUUCGGUUGCACCCACUCAAGCAACAUGAACUAUCACGAAAACCCUGCAGGGAUCUUCGGUAUGUCUCGAAACCCUACUUCGACAGUGAAGCAACUUGCUACGCGAACAGACGGUCUUUUCUCCUAUUGCUUCUUCCCGCCCGAAACCGCCCACACCAGCUUCCUACGGUUUGGUCAUGAUAUCAGAACGCCGCGAGGAGGCUUCCAAAGACAUCAGUUUCAACGGGCGGCGCAUGCGAUUCCCGAGAGGGACCUUCACACGACAGAGCAAUGGAACUAG